GCUGUGGAAGUGUCAGUCCGAAGCCCAUUCGCCUGCUGGUUUAGUGCUAUGCUUUAUUGCUUUGGUGGUUCAGUUUUGUCUGCCUUGAUGCUUGCAGAACCUCCAGUGGCCUUUCUGGCAAAGAACACAAAUAUUCUACUGGCAUCUUCAGUCUGGUAUCUUGUGUUUUACUGCCCACAAGACAUGUUCUACAGGUGCUGUUGCUUCCUGCCUCUUCGUGUUGUGGUUGCAGGAAUGAAGGAGGUGACCAGGACUUGGAAGAUAGCAGGAGGCGUUGCACAUGCAGACAGUCACUUCAAAGAUGUCUGGCUUGUCAUGAUAGCUGUGGGCUGGGCCAGAGGUGCUGGUGGUGGCCUAAUUUCCAACUUUGAGCAGCUGGUGAGAGGAGUGUGGAAACCUGAAACCAACGAACUACUGAACAUGUCCUACCCAGUGAAGAUAAGUUUGAUUGGAGCAGUCCUUUUCACCCUGCAGCACACCCAGUGGUUGCCAAUAGCAAGACACAACCUUAUGUUUUUAUACACCAUCUUUCUUGUCACCUCCAAGGUAAAGAUGAUGUUGACAGAUUUUCCACUCACUCCCUUUGAGGCUGGAUUAUGCCGUGGGUUUUUUGGCUUGCAAAAGACACUCUCCAAAGCGGAGGGUGAGAGUGCCACGUCUUCCAACGGCUCUUCCGUCUGUGACCGCUCGGCCGAGCAGCAUCAUGAUGGUGCUAGGAAGAGAUCAGCAAAGAAAACAGAAUAA